AUUAAUUUGGCUAUAAUGAAUUGAAGUUGUUGAGCGGCCGGGUUUAGAAAGUAGGACAAAAUUUUGGUGGCGGAGGAUGGAAGAUGAACAAAUAAAUAAAACAAAAAUUUCUACUCUGUUUCGUCUGCUAGUCAACAUUCAAUCUAUCUGGUAAAUGCUCAUUAAGGAAGACGAAGAGGAUAAGAUGGCAGCAUAAUCUCAAAACGCAGCCAAAAGAGAGAUGUCGGUCCUCUCAUCUUCUCUCUGCACUUCGCGCCCUCAUUUCUCACAUCGUCCUUCUUCCUGUUCUUCGUCGUCAUCUUGCUCCAUUUCUUGGCUCUCAUUUUCAUCUUCCAACUCUUUCUCUUUCCUUAGAAUCCAAUUCUCUGUUCCUGCAACCUCUUGUUUUCUUGGUCGCCCGUCGAUCAGAGUCUCAAAUGUUUGCACCCACCAACAGACGAUCCCAGUCGACAAAUCUAAGUUGAGGGUCUCAGAAGGUACCUCCGAGGCUGAGCUCUGGGCUGCUGCUUGUCUCCGUGUUCGCACCUUCAAUAAGUUCCGCCCCAAUUCAUAUGGCAUCGAGGAUCAUAAGAAGUACUUGGCGGAGCAUGAAUAUGAAGCAAUUAAAGAACGUACUGCUGGAAAAAGGGUUGGUUUCAAAAGAGUAUCUUGCAUAAAUGCUACUCUUCCAUUAGCCGAAAUAUCAACCUUAGCUGAUGAUUUAUGUGCAACAUGUAAGUUUUCUGAUAAUGGGGAAGACCGAAUUGUGGUUGGGACACUUGACCUUAAUCAAUGUAUGAGGCUUCCAGACGAAAUAACAGGAAUGAAACCUGAGGGAAUUGGUGCUGAUUUCGCAAGGGCAUACCUGAGUAAUGUAUGUGUUGCCAAGGAACUGCACAGGAAUGGGUUGGGUUAUGCACUUGUUGCAAAGGCAAAGACAAUUGCAGAAGAUUGGGGCAUCAGUGACCUAUACGUUCAUGUAGCUUUCGACAACGAACCUGCGAAGAACCUCUACUUGAAGAGUGGCUUUGUCUAUGAAAGUGAUGAACCCGCUUGGCAAGCCAGGUUUCUAGAUCGACCGCGCAGGAUUCUUCUGUGGACUGCUCUAUCAGAACUUCUUCUCUGAUAUUGCACUCUACUUAGUUUCACUCUUAAUUUUACUGUGCAUUUUUUUCUCUCUUUCCGGUUCACAGAUCAUUUUGUUUCCCGUUUACUAAAGAAUCCAUUCAUUGUAAAAUUAUAUGAAUAUGUACUCCAUCUCCAUAAUUUUUUCAAAUACACCCUGCAAAACUCAGGGAUGAAAA